GUUCGUGCCAAUAAAGCUGAACACGGAGGCCGAUGGUGCGGUUCAAGAACCGCUACGUCGUGGCGGUCGUCACAUCCAGUCGGAAGCUGCCGAUCGUCCAGACGAGAGACCUGUAUGCGCUGUUGCUGGGAGCCAUCGCCAGCAACUUUGGUGAUGUCGGCGCAGGGUUGAUGCAGCAGUCGACGCAAGUUGUGUACUACAACGCGACCACGCGUGUUGUCGUCGUGCGAUGUGGGCGAGAGUUUGCCACGUGCAUCCAGGCAUGCCUGACCUUCAUCACGGAAUUCCAUCACCAAGACAUUAAGUUUGAAACCCUGCGCGUGUGUGGCUCAAAUCGUACGUGCAAAGACGCGCUUCUCGCGAUCUCGCUGGCACGAAUUGACAAGGACAAUGCCAUCCUCCGCGAUACAUUGAAACUGGAGAUUGAAGGGCUCGAGCAAUAGGGCCAAGUCGUGUCCGACAUAUUUACAUUGCAACUGCACUUCCUUUUCAACCUGCCAUGGCUUGACCGAUGGCACAAUCUCUGCGGUAUGGCCCACGGACAUGCAGGACACCCUGCAAUCGCAGGUAGACGCCAUGCCAACUGAUGUCGAACCAUGACGCUGUGGCUGGCAUCUAGGCAACAUCCACAGACAAAACAAAUCAAGUUCGUGUUCUGCCUUGUGCACCUUUUCGCACACACUGCCCAUAAUCCCCGUGGCGCUGCACCAGAUCGAGCUCUUCUAGCUCUCCUUUUCAUGGCAUGCG